GCUAACUAGGAACACUAUUAGCGUUGCCAGAAACUGAGCCAAUGUCCGCUUUUCUUGGACGAUAUCACGCGAUAUAUUGGGCAUACGAGCUUGUGCAUCAAUUACACCCCACAAUAGUCUAGAAAUGUCUUUCUAGUGUAGAACAAUUUGAGCUUUUUUACAAAAGAAUCGAGACCAGCGCUGCGUCGGUCGACUGACGCGUUGGGAUUUGGCCUUUACCAUGACGCUAUAUGCAGCAGUCCUUCAGCAUGUAACGUGCCGACUUCGGGCUUGCCGUUCGUCCCUAGUGGCAAUGUACAUACAGUAUAGCUUCUCUCAAACAAAUUUUGAGAUGUAUACUUGUUGUGCUCUUCCUAUAUAUUUCUUCUGGCACACAGCAUAGCACCGUACGCAGCUCAGUCGUGUGUACAUGAGUCGUUUUUAGAACAACCCAACCGUUUCCCGUGCGCUGCACAUAAAUCGACUGGCCGUAUAUACAUACCAUAAUGGCGGCAGAAAAAGCGGUAGCCGCCGACGAUGUCGGUGCCGUGAAUGAUCCGGAGCAGCCUGAGAUGGCAAAUGAUCUCGAAAAGCCUGAGCUGGAGCGUCCUAAUGAGGAGCUCCAGCGUGGUGUCCAAGAUAUGGAAGCUCUUACAUUGAGUUGGUCUAAAACAGCAUUGAUAGGCAUAUUUGCGAACAUAUGGGGAUUAUAUCUUGUGAACGCUUUCCAAUCUUCCAUUCUCUAUGACCUGAUACCCUACGCUGCCAGCGACUUCGGUUCACACUCGCUCUUGAACGUCAUCUACAUCGUCUCAAAUGCUGUAACGGCGGCGUUGUUUAUCCCCCUUGCUAAGAUUGUAGAUGUUUGGGGUAGAGCUGAAGGCUUUCUCCUCAUGAUUCUGUUUGCUACAAUCGGUCUAGUCGUCAUGGCAGCCAGUAACUCGCUUGUUGCGCUAUCUGCUGGCUAUGUAUUCUACUCGAUAGGAACUAGCGGCAUGACAUACUGCGUCGAUGUUCUCACGGCUGAUGCUUCCAAGCUCAAAAAUCGAGGCCUAGCUUACGCCUUCACCUCCUCCCCUUACAUCAUCACAGCAUUCGCGGGACCCAAGGCAUCUUCAGAGUUCUAUGCCAAUAUUGGUUGGCGCUGGGGCUUCGGUGCCUUUUCCAUCAUCUUCCCAAUUGUGUCUGCUCCCUUGUAUUUCAUUCUGAAAUUUUACAUUCGCAAGGCCAAAGUACAAGGCACCUUAGUUGAAGGGAAGCCCAAGCGAACACUACUCCAAACAAUCUGGUUUUACGUCGUAGAGUUUGACCUCGCUGGCGUGGUUUUAUUUUCUACCGGGCUAGUCGUUUUUCUCCUCCCCUUCGACAUCGCCUCCGAGGCGCCGUAUGGAUGGGGGACAGCCUAUAUAAUAGCGAUGCUCGUAACUGGGCUUGUGAUCAUCGUGAUCUUUGUCCUUUACGAAGCGCUCCUCGCCCCAACUCCGAUGUUAAACUUCCAACUUCUUUCCAACCGAACCGUCAUCGGCGCCUGCUUGAUAGAUGCAACCUACCAAAUUUCGUACUACUGCUGGAACAAUUACUUCACAUCCUUCCUUCAGGUGGUCAAUAACCUAGGUAUCGCCGAGGCCGGUUACAUCAACAAUACAUUCAAUGUCGUUUCUGGCCUCCUCCUGUUACUCACCGGCUAUCUCAUUCGCAGGACUGGUCGCUUCAAGUGGCUUUUAUAUAUUGGUGUUCCACUGUACAUUUUUGCCUUGGGGCUGAUGAUCUAUUUCCGGCGUCCCAAUCAGUCGGUCGGCUAUCUAGUCUUCUGCGAGGUCCUCAUUUCUAUUGGAGGAAGUGUCUUCAUCAUUGUCGAGCAGCUUGCUAUCCUAGCCGCCGUUGAUCAUCAGCACGUCGCUUCAGCUCUGAGCCUUCUGUACGUGGUAGGCACUGUGGGAGGGUCACUGGGCGCAACAAUCUCGGGUGCAAUCUGGACCAACACUUUCGAAAAGGCGCUUGAGAGCUAUCUUCCAGAAUCCUCUCUCGAGAAUCUAGUCGAUAUUUACGGAGAUCUGGAGACUCAACUGAGUUAUCCUGUCGGGAGUGCUACGAGAUUGGCAAUCCAGAAGGCAUAUGGCUAUGCUCAAACUAGGAUGUUAGCCGCAGGAACUGGAGUCAUGGGUCUAGGUCUGAUUUGGAUGCUGUUGAUCAGGAAUAUUGACGUCAGGAAAGUCACACAAGUUAAGGGCAUGGUCUUCUAGGGUUAUGUUGGGAUCCUCGCAUAGUCACAUCGAAAUCAUCUAAUGCCCACUCGGUUUGAGAAUGAUACAAAAGUCUCUCCUCUAUGCUUGCACUACCGCGUGGUUGAUAAAGAGCCAUGCUUGUCCACACUCUUCGCGAUUAUGACUAGUAUAGCACCGG